CUGUCUUCUACGGACCAACAAUUGUUAUAUUUUCAUUUGUCGUCUGAAUCCCCUGUGACACCACAACGACGCCGUUAACCGCCGUCGCUGUGUCUCUCUUUCUCACUCUGUCCCUAGAUCUGAGAGCUUUGUAUUAUUACUUUUGGAUCGCUAUCAUCCAAAUCUGAAGAAUUUCCAAGGUUUAGCUCAAUUUCGGAUUUUGGCGACAUACUGGAAACUCUAGAUUGUUGAGCAAGGUUUAGGAUUUGAUCUCCAUCUGGUAUCAAAGCAUGGUUGCUCCUGUGCCUCCAGGGGCACCUAGACCCAACAACCAGCAGAAUCCCAGGCCACCAAAUUUCUACCCGGGGAACUCAAAUGCUUUAGCUGGCAAUAUGCAGAAUUUGAGCUUGAAUCGACCACCUCCGAUGAUGCCUGGUUCAGGUCCUAGACCACCCCCUCCGUUUGGUCAGUCACCACAACCUUUCCCUCAACAAUCCCCUUCUUAUGGAGUUCCGCAACAUGGGCCUUCACCGAUGUCCCGGCCUGGACCUCCUCCUGGGAUGGCAAGACCUGGUGGUCCCCCUCCCGUAUCACAACCAGCUGGAUUUCAGUCAAACACACCCUUGAACAGACCCACUGGUCCGCCUCCUAGUCAGCCACCAUUUGGCUCUAGACCGUCAAUGCCUGGAGGACCUGUGGCGCAGCCUAUUGCCUCUUCUAGUGGUUUUACAGCUUUUGGUCCAUCAGGUAAUGUAGCUGCAGGUCCUCCUCCGGGAGCUCGCCCAAUGGCAUUUGGUUCACCUCCACCUGUCGGAUCUGGCAUGUCUAUGCCUCCCUCGGGCAUGCUUGGUGGUCCAGUCAGUAAUGGGCAUCAAAUGGCUGGUUCAGGCGGAUUUCCGAGGGGAACCCAGUUCCCCGGUGCUGCUGUUACAACUCCACAGGCACCCUAUGCGCAGCCUCCUUCAGCACCUUUCGCUCGGCCUCCUCCACAGCCACUAGGUGCACAUCCUCGUUCUGGAAAUUCGCAAUUAACUCCGUCUACUCCCCCUUCAAUGCCGCCACCAGCAACCUUUCCUGGAGCCCCUCAUGGCAGACCAGCGGUAUCAGGCUUGCCUUAUGGUCCACCAUCAUCACAGGUUGCCCCACCUCUAGGCUUUCCUGGCCCAAUGCAACCACCAAGAUAUGGAAUGGGGCCUUUGCCAAAUCAGUCGAUGACCAACAUACCCACUGCCAUGGGCCAACCUGGUGCCUCUGUUCCUGGACCCGCAAGAAUUGAUCCUAAUCAAAUCCCAAGGCCAGGUUCAAGCUCCAGCCCAACAGUCUUUGAAACACGUCAGAGUAAUCAGGCUAAUCCUCCCCCGCCUGCUACUAGUGAUUAUGUUGUUCGAGACACCGGAAAUUGUAGUCCGCGUUACAUGAGGUGCACGAUCAAUCAGAUCCCAUGUACAGUUGAUCUUCUAUCUACAUCUGGAAUGCAACUGGCGUUGAUGGUUCAACCGCUGGCGCUUUCUCAUCCAUCUGAAGAGCCUAUACAAGUUGUGGACUUUGGUGAGGGUGGACCUGUACGAUGUUCACGCUGUAAGGGUUACAUAAAUCCUUUCAUGAAGUUCAUUGACCAGGGAAGGAAGUUCAUCUGUAAUUUCUGUGGAUACACUGAUGAGACUCCCCGUGAAUAUCACUGUAAUCUGGGUCCAGAUGGUAGGCGUAGGGAUGUUGAUGAAAGACCUGAGCUGUGUAGGGGAACUGUUGAGUUUGUUGCUACAAAAGAAUACAUGGUACGGGAUCCAAUGCCAGCAGUAUAUUUUUUCCUCAUUGAUGUCUCAAUGAAUGCUAUACAAACAGGUGCUACUGCAGCUGCUUGCAAUGCAAUUCAGCAAGUACUUUCAGACCUUCCUGAAGGUCCUAGGACAUUUGUUGGAAUUGCUACAUUUGACUCAACAAUCCACUUCUAUAAUUUGAAACGUGCACUGCAGCAGCCAUUGAUGCUCAUUGUCCCUGAUGUGCAAGAUGUUUAUACACCUUUAGAGACAGAUGUCAUUGUUCAGCUAUCUGAGUGCCGUCAACACCUGGAGCUUUUGCUGGAUAGUAUCCCAACGAUGUUUCAGGAAAGUAAAACUCCUGAAUCUGCUUUUGGUGCAGCAGUUAAGGCUGCUUUCUUGGCGAUGAAGAGCAAAGGAGGGAAGCUUAUGGUAUUUCAAUCAAAUUUGUGUUCUGUUGGUGUUGGAGCACUUUCUUCUAGAGAGGCUGAAGGGAGAGCUAACAUGUCUGCUGGUGAAAAGGAGGCCCAUAAAUUACUACAGCCAGCAGACAAAAUUCUAAAGACCAUGGCUAUUGAACUUGCUGAGUACCAGGUCUGUGUAGAUAUAUUUAUCACAACUCAGGCCUAUGUUGACAUGGCUUCAAUAUCCGUCAUUCCAAGAACUACUGGCGGACAGGUGUAUUGUUAUUACCCUUUCUCAGCUCUCUCAGAUCCUCCCAAGCUUUACAAUGAUCUUAAAUGGAAUAUUACUAGGCCACAGGGUUUUGAGGCUGUCAUGCGAGUCAGAUGCAGCCAGGGUAUUCAAGUGCAAGAAUACUCAGGGAAUUUCUGCAAACGCAUUCCAACUGACAUUGAUCUCCCAGCGAUUGACUGUGACAAAGCUAUAAUGGUGACGUUAAAGCAUGAUGACAAACUACAAGAUGGAGCUGAAUGUGCUUUCCAGUGCGCCCUUCUGUAUACUACCAUAUAUGGAGAAAGAAGAAUCAGGGUUACCACAUUAUCACUUUCUUGUACGAACAUGCUCAGUAAUUUGUUUCGCGCAGCUGACCUAGAUUCUCAGUUUGCUUGUAUGCUGAAACAAGCGGCAAAUGAAAUUCCUUCAAAGGCACUUCCAUUGGUAAAGGAGCAAGCAACUAAUAGUUGCAUCAAUGCACUCUAUGCCUACCGUAAAUUUUGUGCUACAGUGACGUCAACUGGACAACUUAUUCUUCCUGAGGCGCUCAAGCUUUUUCCAUUAUAUACUCUUGCAUUGACCAAAAGUGUGGGUUUAAGAACGGAUGGGAGAGUUGAUGAUCGAUCAUUCUGGAUCAACUAUGUGUCUUGCCUUUCUACUCCGUUGGCAAUCCCAUUGGUUUAUCCCAGGAUGAUUUCUGUGCAUGACCUUGAUGUGAAGGACAAUGAAGGAGAGGUCCUUCCUCCUCCAAUCCCAUUGUCAAGUGAACACAUUAGCAAUGAGGGAGUCUAUUUUCUUGAGAAUGGUGAAGAUGGUCUACUAUAUGUUGGCGAAUCUGUGGACUCCGAUAUCCUGCAGAAACUUUUUGCUGUUCCUUCAGCUGCUGAAAUUCCUAACCAGUAUGUGCUGCAGCAGUAUGAUAAUCAGUUAUCAAAGAAGUUUAAUGAUGCGGUGAAUGAAAUAAGGAGGCAAAGAUGUUCUUACUUAAGAAUAAAAUUGUGCAAGAAGGGAGAUUCAUCAGGAAUGUUGUUUCUCUCGUAUAUGGUAGAGGAUAGGACAGCAAGCGGCCCAUCAUAUGUGGAGUUCCUCGUGCAAGUCCAUCGCCAAAUCCAACUCAAAAUGAACUGAUCCUCUGAUUUCUAGGAGUCCGUACAAAAGUUUCUCUAAAUGUCAUCUCCUCCCAUCUGUGUCAUGUUCAGAAUUUUACGGUAGAAAAGCAUAGCAGAAGGGGAAAGGGCAUCGUUCUUAUGGCUGCUUGAGAAGUUUCACUUCAUUCGAAAUGUGUACUUAGAUAAUAGUCUCCACUUUUCCUUCCCCCUAUAAAGAUACAAAAGAGUCUUAUAUAGCUUUAGCUUAUCCAUUUUGUAUGGUUACUUUUCCUUCUCAUGUUUUAUUUGAGUUCGAACUAAGAAUUUCCUUUCAAAUAUUUUUCUUUUGCUGGUUGUUGCCGAAGGGACAAAUAAAUCUUUUUGAUGUACAA